UGGGCCACUGUAUACGGUAUUACAGGUGAGAAGGUAGGGGCAGCUUUCGUAGGGGACGAGAACGAUGACCAUGUCGUCAUGGCACAACAGCCCCCAGUGCAUGCCUCUCCUUCCAAAUCUAGUACCACGAAGCGCAAGAAGGCAAGGAUUUUUGCUGGUGAACCGCAGACAUGGUGGGGAAUCAAAUCUUAUCGAGAUGUAGAAGGUGGUCACGAUCCUGCGAGCUCUUCUCGUGAAGGGAGAAUUAAAGGUAAAGGGAAAGAGAAGGCUGUGGAAAAGCCCGCCGUACGAAUGUAUGUUGGCGACGUUUCCCGCCUUCAUGCUCCAUACAAGAGGAUGUCAGACGACCUCAUUUGUACGCCUCCGCCGUCAUCUGGGUUCUCUGGCUCUGUUAACUCGUUAACCCCCCUCUCUGCUUUGGGCGUGCCGGGGUGGCCCCAACCUGCUGUUGGAGAGUGCUGUUCAUGGCCACCACCGCAGGGUGUCUGCGAUGAUACAGGAGAAAAUCGCAAUGCUGGACUUCAGUUAUCGACAGAAGAUGUGGCGAAAGCUAUUCAAGCUGCACUUUUUGCAGUUGCCUGAAUGUACAUUAGUGUUAUAUCUUCAUACUACACCCUAUUACAAUACUCGCAAA